CCGCCGGUCAAUAUGUCGUACAGAAAAGUCAGGACUCUUCGAACAAGUGACCCGGAUUCCGCCGAACGGGCCGUGCGGUCGAAGCCCUCUCCUUUCUUCCUCUUGCAUAUAUACCGUACUACGCAAAGUACAAGUACUACUGGGCUGCAACUACAAAGUAGAAAACUCAUAACAGGCUUCUUUCGACCUUCUUCUACCUAAAUCAAUCAAUCAAUAAAUAAUAAUGGCUCCUAAUGCUUCUGUUGCCCUAGCAGUGAGGCAAAAAGUUGAACAGUUCUUGAACGCUGCUCGUACCGGAAAUCUCGAUCUUUUCAAGAAGUUAGCAGCACAGCUCGAUGAUGGGAAAGGCUUGGCCAAGACAGUUGCUGAUGUUAAGGAUGCUAAUAAACGAGGGGCUCUUCAUUUUGCUGCCAGGGAAGGAAAGACUGAGGUCUGCAAGUACUUGUUGGAGGAGUUGAAACUCGAUGUGGACACAAAAGAUGAGGAUGGUGAAACUGCUCUUCUUCAUGCUGCUCGGCAAGGACAUACCACCACUGCCAAAUACCUUAUUGAGUGUGGUGCUAAUCCUGCUAUACCCAGUGAGCUGGGGGCUACAACUCUGCAUCAUUCUGCUGGAAUAGGAGAUAUUGAGUUGCUGAGGUUCUUAAUUUCCAAAGGUGUAGGUGUUGAUUCACAAAGUGAUGCUGGUACACCUCUGAUUUGGGCUGCUGGUCAUGGCCAACCAGAUUCUGUGAGAGUAUUGCUAGAAAACCAUGCUGAUCCUAAUGCUGAAACCGAUGAUAAUAUCACUCCACUGCUGUCAUCUGUAGCGGCUGGUUCACUGGCAUGCUUAGAGUUGUUGAUUCAGGCAGGGGCUAAAGUGAAUGUUACUGCAGGCGGAGCGACCCCUUUGCACAUUGCUGCUGAUAAUGGAAGUCCAGAAAUAAUAAAAUGUUUAUUAAAAGCUGGAUCUGAUCCCAAUGUCACUGAUGAGGAUGGGCUCAAGCCUGUGCAGGUUGCUGCAGCAAGAGGUAACAGGACAGCUGUUGAGAUCCUGUUUCCCUUAACUUCACAAAUUCAAACUGUUCCAGAGUGGACUGUUGAUGGAAUACUUGAACAUACGCAAUCUGAAACUGGAAAAGAACAGGAAGAGAAAAAGGAAAUUAAAUUACAGAGGGAUGCUAUCACACCAAAGCAAGAUAUGGUUGAGGUGACUCCUGAGGCAAAGAAGAAAGCUGCAGAAGCAAAAUUGAGAGGAAAUGAUGCCUUCAAACAAAAGGACUAUUUGAUGGCCGUUGAUGCUUACACACAGGCAAUUGAUUUUGAUCCCACUGAUGCUACUUUGCUUUCCAAUAGAAGUCUUUGUUGGAUUUGUUUAGGACAAGCUGAGCAUGCCUUGAAUGAUGCAAAGGCCUGCAGAGCACUAAGACCGGAUUGGCCGAAGGCUUGCUACCGGGAAGGUGCAGCUUUACGUUUAUUACAGAAGUUUGAUGAGGCAGCCAAUUCUUUUUAUGAGGGCGUGACGCUUGACCCUGAAAAUAAGGCUCUUGUAGAUGCUUUCAGGGAAGCUGUUGAAGCUGGGAGGAAGUUUCAUGGUACAGACCAGCAAAAAUCAUAGAGAUGUUUGCUUGUAUAUCAAUGGAGAGAGAUGUGGGACUGAAACAAUGCUUGAUGACACUGAAAUUUUGUUCUCUUGAGAUUUGUCUUUUUUAUUUACUUAUUUUGAACUCCUGUAAAAACUUGUUCGCUUGUGCACGGCUUCUCUAAUUAUAGGAAACCCUGUGAAUGGUUGAUUUUAUUGCUUUA